UAACAAACCCACAUGUCUGACAACCAGAAAAUAAGUAUUGCGUUUAGCUUUAUCGUAGAAGUUCAACAGAUCCAUAGUCAUAAGAACAACCUACUUAACCUCUACUUAAAAAUAUGUCGAAAUUUGUAGAUAAGAACACAAUAUUCAAAACAGCAUCAAACAGAUGAUCGGCAUGACGGACAGGACGGGGCAGCAGCAACAACAACACGAAUCAUCAAUGAAUGCAUGUGGAUUAGAUAUUACACCUGGCCUCGAUGGUGGAGUGAGGAAGAAAGUACUGAGGGAGGGUUCGGGCACGGAAACUCCUCUGACAGGAGACAGAGUCUUUGUGCAUUAUGUGGGAACUCUUUUGGAUGGAACCAAAUUCGAUUCAAGUCGGGACAGGAAUAAAGUCUUUGAUUUUAAGCUUGGAAGAGGUGCAGUAAUUAAAGCCUGGGAUAUUGGAGUGGGAACGAUGAGGCAAGGAGAAGUUGCGAAGCUAACUUGUACACCUGACUAUGCUUAUGGUGAUACAGGCUCAGGGCCCAUCAUUGGGCCUUUUGCUACUCUGGUCUUUGAAAUUGAACUCUUCAAGUGGGAAGGUGAAGAUGUUUCAGAACAGAAAGAUCGUGGUGUUGUGAGGAGGCUCCUUUAUAAGGGAGAGGGAUAUUUAACACCAAACACAGGUGCCACAGUCCGUGCUCAUAUAACAGGGAAGCUUGACAACAAAAUCUUUGACGACAGAGAUGUUCAAAUAGUAAUUGGUGCUGCUCAGAAAGAUGAUAUAUGCUCAGGAUUAGAGCAGGCGUUUAAAAAGAUGAAAUUGAAAGAGCAUUCCAUGUUUGUUUUGAAAUCAAAACAUGCCUUUGGUGAGAGCGGCAAAGCGGAAUGGAAUAUUCCAGGGGACACAGAUAUUACAUAUGAGGUGGUGAUGAAUGGUUUUGAAAGGAAAAAAGAAGUCUGGGAGCUUGACAGCUCAGAUAAAAUGAAAGAAGCUGAACUGUCAAAAGAAAAUGGUCGAAGUUUUUUCAAGGCUGGGGAUAUGAAUAAAGCGGCUCAACAUUACAAGAAGAUCGUGUCUGUUCUGGAACAUGACGAAUCAGAAGCUUACAAAUCACAGCGUGAUAAUCUCAUGUUAGCAGCUCAUCUGAACCUGGCCCUCUGUUACCUGAAACUAGGAAGUUAUCAUGAGGCAGAGAAGCAAUGUGACCAGGCCCUGGGCAUUGACAAAAAAAAUGUGAAGGGGCUUUACAGAAGAGCUCUGGCAAGAGGACACAAAAAUCAGCAUGAGUCGGCUAUAGAGGAUUUCCGGGAAGUGUUAAAGGUUGAACCGAACAACAAAGCUGCGAGGAAGGAACUCAGUCUGGCCACACAGAAACUCAGACAGUUCCGGGACGAGGAGAAGAAACUCUACGCUGGCAUGUUUUCCAAGUUUGCUGCUAAAGAACCAGUGCCACCUGGCCACAUUUACACAAGUAGCGGAGAAGACGUCUUCCAAACCAUAGAUGAAUGGAACAACGAUAUGGCGAAAGAUAUGAUGUCAUUAGAGCAAGAGCUGGAGGCUUUUGGCGAAAAAAUGCCGGACAAACAUGAGAAAGGGUCUUCAUCUCGAAAGACAGAAGUGACCAAACCGAACGAUUGAGGGACUAUAAAACUAAGGAAAUGAAGAGAAAAACCAUCCUCUGACGCAAAGCAAGAGUUGUAGCAAACUCACUAUCUGGAAGUGUUUACGGUGGUGAUAACGCUUGGGUUGUUCUGUUUUAUGACCUCUGGUUGUUUCGUAUCUGGACACGGGGCUAGACAGGUUUGAUGGUCAGCCAGCCUUGGCUACAUGUAUCAGUGAGGUAGUUCUGUAAGUUGGGAAGGCAUGGUUGAACAACUGUUAGAUUGGAUCUAAUGUUACGCAGUUCCUAUUGGACAUGUCGGAAGAGUUACCAUGUGCAAAGCUGUCUUUGUGUUAAUUUGUAUGCUACUUUUUUUCGUCAUAAAUGUCGCCAUUUAUAUUUGUGAUCAUUUAUGUUUGUCGUAAAGCAAAUACUUCAUCAUGUUUAAGUGACCAGUUUUAUACCGUUCUAAAUUACUGAAUCAAGUAUUCAUAAACCUCCGUAGCUGUAUGGUUGAAUUCAUCAUUCUGAGGUCAACUUUCAGGACGUUUGCAGGUACGACGUGUAUCAAGCUGGAAUACGGAUCAUCAAUAAAGCCUGAGCCAGAGACAAUGUGCCGUGCAGAUUCCAAGAAAAAAUACACGUAUGUUCGUCCU